UUUAGAUUGGAGAACUAUUGUUGUGUAUGGCACUGCUGUCCGUUUUUUAGGUUUAUCUGUGGAUAACUACAAGAUUGCUAGAUAAUAUAAGAUAAGAUGUACGGAAUAAGAUGUAACGGCAAAAAUGAAUAUGGAAACUGAGAGUUUUUUAUAACACUGCAGAUUAUUGAAGUAACCCUUGUUUUCCCUUUGUGUCCAUACCUUUGACAAAGCAAAUAUCGGCAGUAUUUGUCUGACGAGUUAACUGAUAUAUAUGUAUUCUGCAUGUAUUUAUAGGAAAACACUAAAACUGUACAAAGAACAACAUCAAACAUGUACUGUGGACUAUUUUUUUAUUGAUUCAAUUUAAUGUGAUCUGUCAGCCUAUUUACCUCUAAUCUCGACCUUCAGGAGAAAUGUGGCAGCUGCUUAUUGCUGUCAUUCACGUGACAAAACUUUGUAAAUUCAUUGGUUGUUCAGGGCUUCUUUAUUAUUAAAUCUGAUAUUCUAAUUCCGAAAAGCAGUCCGCGUCUGAUGUAGUGUAUUCUCGAGACUUAAAAAGAUUUCUUUGCGCAAAUAAUUAUUGCAUUACUUAACAAGCGACUUCUCCGAGGAAGAAAGGAAGGCAUGAUUUCCAAGUAUCGAAUCCUUGCAUUUUGUUUGCUUUUGGCUGCAAUUGUUUCAACAGCCAUAGCCGGUUCUGACAAUGACUUGCUGGAGACUUUGAUGGCUGGCAUCCAAGUCAAAGAAAAACUUCUUCCAGGAGAGAGGCCCUCAAAUGAAUCUGAAAAUAUAAUAUUUUCUUUAAGUAAUCGAGGAAUUCUUGAAAACAGUCUCGCGAAUUUAAACUUGAUGCAUUCUUUGGAGUUACAAGAGGCUUUUCAAAGAGUUAGGGAUGCGACAGCAGGUCAAGUGAAGUGUAAAACAUUCACAAGUCCUUCCAUUGUUGUCUUCAAGCUUUGCGCUUUGAACAGCACAACAAACGAAAUAACUGGCUCUUACUCGUCUAACAUUAAGAUAACGAAGGCUGUCAGAUACACAAACAACGAACGUGUUAUCAGCUACGUGUUGUCAGUGAUGAUGAGUGUGUCAGUAAGUCCAGAUAUCGGUAAAUACGAGAGAUGUGCUAUUGAAGACCCAUCGUGGCUUGAGCAACAAUACACUCAUCAACAAACUCUUGAUAAAAGUCAUUAUUAUGGAGACAAAGACAAGAAAAAAGAUAAAGUCUAUGAAUUUAUGAUGCCAAGUGUUCAGUACAUCACUGUUGCAAUGCUCAGGGAACCGUCCUUUUUUAGGAUUGUAUUGACCGAGCCGCCUAAUACUAAUGACAAAAUCGAUGUGUGCCACGACAUUGUUGAACACCCGAAACAAGAUACUUUCAAUGUUAAACCAGAAAACUGCACUGACAUUUCUAGAGGUGAAAAACGUACGAUUAUGAAGAAUUUCGAUGAGUCUGUCACGUUGAAGUUUGAGGAAGAUGAACAGACAUUCUCGAUGUUGCUUUACGAUAGUUCCAUCCAAGAUUACCAACUAGAAAAUGUUCACCAAAGAAAAGAAAAAAGCAACGAUCCACGUUACCUACAGCUAUUUGGUUUAUCUAAACACAACAUUCCCAAGAAAUUAUCAUACGAGAGGAUGUCGAAUGGGAAAGUGUUUACGUUUACCUUUGAUUCUGAUAACCAGACAAUCGAUAGUCAUACGGACAUGUCGGCUCAUCAACUCAUUGUUUUCAUCCAAGAAAAUUCGACCAACAGUGAUGAACAUCAUCUUGAAAAAGCCUCCAAAUAUGUCGCAGAGAAGAAACAGGUAAAGAAACCUAAGAAAAGCGAACAAGUUCGUCAAGAUGUUUUGAACUGGUUAAUGACUGGUAACAUGUCCUUUGACCAUCUUUACAACCAAAAAGAAUACACCAAGAUUCCCGCAAAAUGUCCCAAGAAGCAAUUGACGUGUGGAAUCGUUGUCAUGGAAAUGGUCCGCAAAAAAACCGUGAAAAACUCUUUAAUGGAAAUCCCUCUUUUGACGAUGUUUCUCACAACAAAGUUUAAAAUGAACCAAAAUGGGAAAGCACUUGGUCAAAGUGAUCUGAGAUUUCUUCAACGUCAGCUGUCAAUCAUUAAAGGCAAGGGGCACCAUUAUGACGUUUUACUGGAAAUGAACCCUGAGUUAAUGAGUAGAGUGAAGAGAAUAGUUCUUUACGUUAAACGGUCCAUCACUUCCAAGUUCGGUGCAAAAGUUUGGAAAAGUUUCUUUUUCUCUUCAGAGCUGAUGAUCACUCGCCGUCUCAAUUGUAACAACGAAGUCUGCGAUGGAACCAUCAGAGCUAUGUUUCAGUACAAUAUUACUCGAAUACCAUUGCAGAAACGGCUAACUGUCCAUACGCCUAGAGGAAUUCGCAUAAAACUGUCCUUCACUUUUAAUCGACAACAACAACAACAACAACAACAGCAACAGCUACCACGACAACCGCAAAUCAUGCAGAAACAUCAGCUACCACAACAGCAAAAAAAGCAGCUAUCACAACAAAAGCGACCAAUACAGGCUCACCAUCGUCAGCAGCAACAAAUGAAGCUUUCAAGUCCUCAGAAAGAUGUUUUCACAUCAAAGCUUUUUUUUAAACCUGUUGCACGUGCAAGCAAGAAUCGCGACGACAAACUAAAAAAGAUCGACAUGUUUUCCCAGGGAAAAGAAAUACACCCUCGGCAUUUCAAGAUAGACAAGAAGCAUCUUUCCAACAAAGAAACCAAAAUGGAUGGUUUGGUUCAAGUCAUUGCAGAUGGUCUUAAAAAGUAUAAUGAUGAUCUUGAACGUUUUACCAAAGAACAGAUGAAGAUAAUGAAAGAACGCGCAUCGAAGUCGUCUGGGUGUAGAUUGGGUGUUAAUCUUUUCAUUGUUGGUUUGGUUGUCAUGAAUGGUUGGCUGUUGCUGAGCCAGUAAAAACCUCUCAACAUUCCACAAAUGAGUAAAGAACUUUGCACGGCAGACACUGGCACCAUUAUUGAAUUGCACUGACGCAUUGAAUAGUUGUUGCGGCAUGGAGCAAACAAAUAGUUGUCAAUCAAAUAGUUUUGGUUGAGAAACAUCAUGUUUGAUGCUCUAAAACACGUAUUCUGUAUAUAAACCGUCGAGAUCUUGAUAGAUAAGAGUUUCUCUAGUGAGAAUGUUGUAUUCCUUGCAAUGUAAACAAGAUUCUUGAUAAUUUAAUGCGCAUAAGAACUAUAGAACUCUCUAUUGUUCUGCGGCAUUGCAACUUCCCCACAUACGAAUGUCUUGGUUUUCACACUGAUUAUAUAUCAACCUAUGCGGGUAACACAUUUUUAAAAUAAAA